AAUUUAGAAAGCGAAAAACAACAUCAAGUUUCCUUUUCGCUUAUCUCAUAACUCGCGAAGUGACCUACGCUUUAUCUACAUUGAAACCGAACGCAAGCCGCAAUAGAAAACAAAUACAAUAUCCACCCCACGACGUCCCCACUGGUUGCUCGAGUGUGUUGGCCAAAGUUUGUGCGGCGUGCGAUCGAUCGGUGCGCGCGCAACUACCCGCUCGUAUAAAAACCCCAGCGCAUACCCCCGAUCAGCACAAUCGCUGACGAACGCCGCGCGUUGCCGCUCGCCUGGGGCGCUUUCUCUUCUCUUCUUUAUUCGUCUGUCUUCUAUGCCGCGUGGGUGGGCCGUCUGAUGCCGGCGCCGCGAUGCCGCGCUGCCUCAUGGCCAAGAAAUGGAAGGCGGCUCCUGCGGCGGAGCUGGAGGAGACCGACGAGGAGAUCGACGUGGUGGGGGACGGGCGCGGCCGGAGCCCCGCGCCCGCCGCCACGGCGCCGGGGCCUCCGCCGCGCGACCCCGAGCCCACGCUCCUCUACAACGGCUACACCGAGGAGCAGCCUUCCUCGCAGUUCACCGCGCAGCUGCCGAGCGAGGUGAGCGCCACGGCCGACGCCUCCCCGCCGCUCUCCUACGCCCUUCUGCAACUGUCCGCCUCCCCCGAGCCCUUCCUCCACGUGCAGCUUCAGUCUUCUUCUCCUCCCCCGCCACCGGCGAGCGGCAAGUCCAUCUCCAUGUGCUACACGAGCACGGGCGCUCUACUCUCUCUCCCGCCCAAAAAGAAGGACAUCUACCGCCCCUACUGCCUCGAGAACCGCGCCGCACAUCUCCAUCGCGCGGAAGAAGACCUCAACGCGGCCCACGCCAUCCUCGACCUCAGCCAACACGCGGUAUUCCUCACCACCCCACCCCGGGUCGACCCCGCGCCCCCCGAGCCGCCGCCGCCACCGCCGCCGCCUCCUGAGCCCGUAGCUGCGGAACAGAGCCCCGAAAGACCACGAGAAACCGUCGCGUACACCUACGACGCCUUUUUUGUCAGCGACGGCCGAUCAAAACGACGAAACUAUGUAAAUUCGCCCGUCGAAGCGCCACCGCAACCCGAACCGAAAUCUAAGUACACCUGCAGCGAGUGCGGAAAACGGUACGCGACUUCCUCGAACUUGUCGCGACACAAGCAGACACACCGCAGUCUUGACUCGGUAUCGGCGAAGCGCUGCGGCGAGUGCGGCAAGGCCUACGUUUCUAUGCCGGCGCUGGCGAUGCACGUGCUAACGCACCAGCUGUCGCACGUGUGUGGCGUGUGCGGGAAGCUGUUCUCGCGGCCGUGGCUGCUGCAGGGGCACCUACGCUCGCACACGGGCGAGAAGCCGUACGGCUGCGCGCACUGCGGCAAGGCGUUCGCGGACCGCUCCAACCUCCGCGCGCACAUGCAGACGCACUCCUCCGAUAAGAACUUCGAGUGCUCGCGCUGCCACAAGACAUUCGCACUGAAGAGCUACCUCAACAAGCACCAGGAGUCGGCGUGCGUGCGCGACGACGAUUCCCCGCAGCCCGAGCCCGCCGAGUCGGGCUAGCGCACGCGCACACGCAACUAGGGACCGUAACCGCCGUAUGGUUUACAACUAAACGUAAAGUAUUAAUAUGAAUUUAGAUAAUAGCGUAAUAUAAAUUUACAAAUUUUAAACUAGGAGCGAGCGUUCGGCGACCUGCUCGUGAUCUGUGGCCUCCAGAACUCGGCACUCGUGUAUUAAAUAAGAAUUUUGGUUGUGCUGCAACGUAAACACGAGCAAUAUAAAAGCAAUAUUUUGUGGAUCGUCCCGACAGCGGAAGAUAGUUUAGUCGUAUUUUGAUUUACUUAGUACGAGUGAAUGAGUGUGUAGGUGGCGAGUGUGGGGCCGCGUCGAGGAGGCGCGGGGAGGCGGCGCCGGCGCCGCGAUACUCGAGCAACGUUUCGCAAACAACGAAUAACGUACGACCCCGUAGGCCGCCCCGCGGCAGUAGGCCGUAGCGUCAGACGUCCCGAUACGUUAAACAUUUACCUAUAUGUAUGUACUCGUCGAUAAAUAUACCCUUAUAUACAUAGUAUUGAAAUAUGGAUGAAACUAAUAUCUUUUGUAGGUGAUUUUUACAACCGCUACGUAGGUUAGAGAUAGGGUGUAAGUUAGCCGAGGAGUCGACAGAGCAAGGAAAACGUCUCCGUCUCGUGUUCCGGGGACUGUCAGAGCCGAGUUCGCAGGAUCAGACAUGAACCGACACUGAGGUGUACUCGCCUCUGACAGUUUGUCCGGUUGUCCCUCGGUAUGAAACUUGCCAAAACUUUCCGUCCGAAGGCGCUCACGUGCCGCGCCCGGCCGCGGCAGUGCCUUAGCGGCGACGCGUCGCGCCGCUCCACCGCUCCCCGACAGUCGCUCCUUCAGGGUGGAAAGCUCCGAGAAUCCCUGACCUUUAACUUAUCAUUCGAGUAACGAUGUCCCCAUGAUGCGUUGUAACCAACAGGGUGUCCAAAUUAAAAUACCGACCGAUCUAACACUUUCGUUGAGGACAAAAAAGCU